GAAAGACCUUUGGCUCCUCUCUUCCUGCAGUGGGAACCCUUUGGGGUUCCACAGGCGCACGGAGCUGGAAGCUCCUGGGUACCAUUAACCCCUCUGGUCUCUGGGUGCUGCAUGUUCCCUUCCUGCAGAGCUCACACUCUGAGAAUCUAGGCUUCAAAUUGAAACAGCAUCCCUGGAUGGAGUCCUGUACUUAGCUCUGCCGGGCUCCAAGUCUAAAUACAGGGAAAGGUUUCCAAGGUAUUGAUUUUGGCUCUGCUCGAGGCAACUGGCUCCCUUGGUCUUCUCCGCUGGCAAAUAUUUGUCAUUUUCAGCUGCACAGCUGGUCAAGACCAAAAGAAACCUGUUUGAGAAGCUGUAGCACUUUGCAUUUAUUAUUUACAGGGCAUCAGACAAGUACUUGGUACUUGGCCAGGGCCGAGCCCGUGGUGGCUUGUGGACAGACUGAGCAGAGCGGCUAAGACACCUGGAGAAGUCUACCUGUCUGAGCAGCUCCCCACUGACUCAGCUCACCUAGUUCUUGACAAACAAGUGCCAGAGCCUCAGCCUGGUGACUUACUAGGUGUUGCCAGUGCAAACUCUGAGGCAUGUGGGGUUUUUAUUGACGAGCUCCAGUGGCGUUUUCUGCCCCACUUGUUUCCCCUUCCUGUUGCACACUUUGCAGCCCGCCAUGUCGGCAGCUGCUUCAUGCUGGUGGUGUCACCUCUGCGCUCUUUGAUGUUUCUCUGUUUUGUUUUUCUUUCCCCGCACUGUCCGGCUUCUCUAGAAGCCCUAAGCAGUAGUUAUGUGGCCAGACAAGUCUAAGCCCAGGUCAGGAGCCUGUGAGCAAGGGCUAAGGAAGCCAAAUGAGCAGGUUGUGAAAGAGGAACUUCGUGCAAAGCAGCUGAAUUGCCCCUGGCCUGGUGUAAAUGAGAGCAGCACUGGUUCUCCCAGCCAGUGACUCACAGGAACAACCCUGCAGGAGCUACAGGCUUUGGCUCGGAGACGCAGAGGGCUGGGGUUGUGCUUCCCCACUUCCCUUCUGUGUGGCUUGUUCAGCGAGCGCAGCAGCCCUUGCUCUGGCGGCUGGGAGGAUGUGCUGCCCUGCAUCCCAGGCACGCCAAAAGCAGGGCUCAGGGAGAGGCUUUGCCCGCACACGGAGCAGGGCCUCCCUGUUGUGCUCUGGACUGGUCAGUGCCAUUAGCCCCAGGCUUAUCUGGAGAGGAGAUAUCUAUGGGAAUAGGCAGGUUGCAUCUGGCUGUCCUCCCUGGACUCAUCCUGCUGUCCUUGUCCCUGGCAGAGCGAUGCAGCGGGCUGGCUGGCUGGGUGUUCAUGGAGCCUCAGCUUCGAGCUAGCGCUGGGGACUCUGUCCUGCUGCAGUGCCUCUUCCUAGACCCAGUGGCCAGGGGCUGGACGAUGGCCAAAGUGGACUGGCUGCGCAUGGCAGGAGCCGGCACGCAGAAGGAGGAGGUGGUGCUUUAUUACUACAGCAACCAUAGCAUCCCUGUGGGUCAUUACCGGGACCGGGCACAGUGGCGAGGGGACGUAUCCCGCUGGGAUGGCUCUAUUCAGCUGCAGGACGUACAGGUGAAUGACAGCGGCACGUACGUUUGUGAGAUCCGGCUGCUCCAGUGCAGCAGCAUCUUCAAGAACCACACAGUGCUGCAUGUCAGCCCCACGGGACAGAGAGGACAAGGAGCAGCAGGCGCCCAGGAUGCUGCAGCCCCGGGAAACACUGCAUUUUGGCCUGUGACCGUGGGCUGUGGCAGUGUGGCUGUUGUGCUGGCUUUCCUGGCCGGACUCAGCCUGAGGAAGAGGUCUACAGCCAACACAGCCCUGGAGAGGACUGGAAAUGGUGGCAGCAAGAGCAAAGCAGAGGAAGCACUUUACUCCUCAAUCCCCGGAGCUGAGGUUCCCAAGGCUGAACGGGAUGCAGGGAAGAAGAGGAGAGCCGAGGAGACGUACAUAACCAUGCACCCCUCUCCCUUCCAGGAGAACGGCGUCUACGUGGAGCUGGCCAAGAGGGUGAUCCCAGCAGAAUGGAUGAGGGAGGGGAGACAGGAUAAUGGACGAAGUGAGGAACCCUCCAGCAGACCAGAGGCAGCACUUCUCUGGGCUCCAGAAGGGGAGAAAUAGCUGUGCUGGGGGAUGCAAGCCCCUUAGCCAGCAGGUGUGUGUGAGACAUCUUUUGUCCCUUUGGGCAGGCCAGCAUUCUGCUGCUGUCAGCCCUUCCUCUGAGAAGCUGUGCUGCUUCACUGCAUGCUGCAGUCCAGGGCCAUUGCUGGGGGACAUCCCACCCCGGCUGCCUGCUGGGGGACCCGGGGAGAUGUGUCUCCAAGGCCAGCCUGGCCGAGGGAGGAAGGGGGAGAUACAGCUGGAGCCAAUGCAGGCAAUGCCAAUGGUUUCUUCUGAAGAUAAUAAAGCUCAGGGAGUCUUCCCUGUUCCUGGCUUCCUUUUA